UCUACGAAAAGAGAAAAUAGUGGUAUGCAAAUCUAAUUUGACAAUAUUUUAGCUUAAAUUUUGAAAACUAGCUAGUGUGAAUACACAGUUGUUUGAGCAAAAUGUCUGACACUUGAAAAUUGCCUGGUCCUCCAAUAUUUUGAUGCCGUUGUUUUACUUUACUAUUACAAAUCCCAGUUAUCUCUUUUCUGUCUCUCUGUCCUUGCAAUAAUUUCCUCACCUACCAUACUUCAAUUCAAUUGAAAAAACACUGUCAUUGUGUACCAAGAAAACAGAUCAGAAAAAUGACAUGCAAAUUUCUUGUUCUUAUUUACCUCUUAAUUUUAUUUCUCGUACCAAAAUGCAUACUACCAAAAUCAGUAAUUGAACCAUGUAGUGCAUCUGAUUCAUGCCUUUCUUAUCUCUCAUAUCGCGUUCCAUGGGGAUCCAAAAUUUCCGAAAUAGCUUUCAGAUUCCGAAUCAACGUCUCUGAUCUCUUAGUAGCAAACUCUAUCGACUCAAAUCAACCAAAUCAAAUCCUAUCCGAAAAAUCAUUAUUAAAAGUACCAAUUUCGUGUUCAUGCGUGGAUGGGAUACGAAGAUCUGUAUCCACUUAUUACACGAUUGGUGCAACGGAUACUUUGAUGUCAGUAUCGGAAGGGUAUGGAGGACUUGUUAGUGCAGAACAAAUAGGGAAUGCUAAUGGGAUUGAUGAAGAAAAUACUUUAUCAAGUGGACAGAGUGUUGUGAUUCCUUUGCUAUGUACUUGUUUUAAUAAUAGCAAUAAUGGUGCAGAUAGUGUGUACAUGUCCUAUGUGGUGCAGAAUGAAGAUGAAUUAACAAAAAUUGCAACAGAGUAUAGUGUAACAAUUGGUAAUUUGGAGUUCAUAAAUGGACUUGGCCAAACUCAAAUUGAUCCAGGGGAUAUUCUGGCUAUUCCACUUGCUGCAUGUUCAUCAGCAAAUCUGAAUUGGUACAAUGAAAGCCUAAUAGUUCCCAAGGGUUCUUAUGCUUUAACUGCUAACAAUUGCAUCAAAUGUGGAUGCAGACCUACUGAUUUCAGCCUGGAGUGUUUACCCUCAGGAAUUGUGGAGAAAUGUUCACAUUUACAGUGCAAAGACUCCAAUAUCUUCAUUGGAGAAGGACAUGAAAAUCAUACAACAUCCGGUUGCAAUGUUACAGCCUGUAUUUAUCGUGGACAUCUCGGAGGCAAAAUAUUUAGAAGUUUGGUGAAUUCAACUGAUGUCAAGUGUUUAGGUAAAGAGAGUGAGGGUACAGGGUCACCAAUGGAGUCUCCAGUAAGUAAUUUGAGUCCAUCACCAUUAUCUCCAUCUCAUUACUCACAUUCACCCAAAAAUCAUUCAUUAGGACUACUCAAUUCCAGUUCUGCUCAUAGACAUACUCAAAAAUCACUAUCUCAACCAUUACAUUUUAUAAUCUUAUUGGUUUUUGAGCUUGUCUUUGAAAUAUUCUUGUAAAUAAAAAGAUUAUCUUGGAGUAAAAGGGAUAAUGAAAAUCAAAC